CUGCUCUCUCUUUUGUAGCCUACCGACUCGCUUGCGAAGUGCGGCUCAUUCCAAGCGGCCGUCGCACCGACGCAGUGGCCAACCGAGUCCAGUCCACCCACAGCCCGGGCGAGCCCAGCUUCGUCCUCGUCAUGGAUUCCAACAUCUCCCCAGUCAAGAAGGUCGAGGAUGGCCCCAGCGAUCCUUCCAAGCUUCCCCAAAAGCCUGAUGUCAAGCCUAUCGCAAAGACGCUCAACAGAGUACCCCGCGCAUGCAACGCAUGCCGAAAGCAGAAGAUGCGCUGCGAAGGAGCCGACAAUCCACCCUGUCGACGCUGCCGUCACGCUGGUUUAGAAUGCUUGUUCGAGAAACCCUCCAGAGAGGCAACCCUCACCGGCGAAGCCGGGCUGGAGCGCAUUCGCAGCCUCGAGGCUCACGUUGCAGACAUUAAGACCUCCCAGGCAUCAAUACAAAACUCGCUGCACGAGAUUAUGGCUCAUUUGAGGGGCCCAGGCUCAUACACUAAUCGCUCCCCGUCUACCUACCAACAGCCUCAGUAUGCCCACUCACCCACAACCCAAUCCAUGGGUACUCCCCCGAUGCCGUCGGGCUCUAACGGAUCACACCCUCCCGAUCAUUCAAUAGCUGGCGCAGCCACUUCAACCACCUACCAGUCGAGUCAUCACACUCUCCCUCCAAUGCACAAUCUGACCUCCCGCCAUUCACGAGCUUCAAUCUCCCAGAGCUCUCUCGUGUCUUCAAGCCAACAACAGGUCGUGGGGGAUUACCACUCACCUCAAUUGCCCCCUGUGCACUCGGCUCAUGGUUCAAAUCAACAGUACACCUACGUAGUCCCUUCUUCUGGUGCAGUCCUUCCCCCCUUUUCAAGUAUCGGCGGAGUGGGCACUGGCGCCACUCACGGCCACAUGCCUGCGCGUUAUCCUGCUGAUACAGCCCAACGCUUUCAUGCAAGCAGGAAUUACAGAGCGCCGACACCGUCAGGAUCGAGGCGUGCAUUACCAUCAUCUUCGAAUGUUACCAGUGCUGACUCCUCAGAUGUCGACGACGAGGACAAUGGGGAACUGCCCGCGUCCGGCUUAGUGGCUCCGUGGGAAGUCUUACGAGGAUUGGCUGAUGUUGCUGUCGAGAGAGCUACCAAGGAAAAUGGUGAAGCAAGCAGUGAACCCCAGAGUAGAGCAAGAACGCCAUCUCCAGAACGACAGACCCGGCCAAGUAAGAGGAGAAAGAUUCGCCACAAGGCAGCUCGCAGUCCAGUGUUCCCUGAUGUUGUCACGCAAAACCUGGUUUCAGAAGAAGAGGCUCGCGAGCUAUUUCGGAUCUUUUAUGCGGGGUGCUCCACAUUCCUUCCUGUGUUUGACUCUCACGUCGAUUCCUUCGACGCUCUGCACGAGCGUUCGCCGUUUGCAGUGGAUGCUAUAUGCAUGGUUGCUGCUCGUGUUCGUGACGGUGGAGGUAAAGCGAGCGAAACGUACACCCGUUGCUUGGAAGCAGUGCAAAACAUAUCAAGAGCUACACUUUUCGCACCUGUUACGCGUGUAGAGGCUGUUCAAGCUAUGAUUCUUGUCUCAGGUUGGUCUGACAAUGGUUGGCUUAGUGGUGGUCAUGCCGUCCGUAUGGCGAUGGAACUCUCAUUACAUAAGGCGUGGCCCAGACUGCUCAGACGGAUGCAAAACAGAAGCUCCAACUAUGACCCGAAUGACGAUCGUGAGCUUGUGAUUGCGUCGCGAACCUGGUUCUGCUUGUAUCUUUUUGAGCACCAGUUAUCCUAUGGCACUGGUCGGCCUGCAAUCUUGACAGAGGACGAGAGCAUCUGCCAAGGCCGCUUAUUGUUGCAACACCCUCUUGCCAUCGAAGACGACAUGCGUCUCGUGUCAACUGUUGAACUCAUGGCAAUACGCGAGAGAGUCCAUAACAAGCUUUCACCAUUUGAUCGCCCUGUUGACGAGGUCACCUUUGCUGUCAUUGAUCAAGCAGACACAGAUUUUCGCAAUUGGUACAACACUUGGGAUGAAGCCUUUUCUCAGAAGUAUGAAGACGCGGCUUUCUACCGGCAAAGCCUGCAGAUCCAACAACUACACGCACAGCUAUUCCAUAAUGCAACAGCUCUCCGCGGUAUCAACAGUCCAGAUGAUGUGCAAAAAAUGCCGAAGGCGCAGAGGGAACUCGCCAUCCGUUCGAUAAAGGUCGCUCGUCAAGGCCUUGAUAUUACGGUUAAUUCACCGUCCUACAGCGAAGGAAUGAAAUACGCCGUCCACUACACUCAUGCAACUGCCACAUUCGCAGCGUCUUUCCUUCUGAGGUUGGCUCGUCUCUUCCCGAACGAUUGCGAUACACAGGAAAUAAGAAUGCAAGUUGAGCGACUGGUCGAUAUGAUGUCCCACAUCCCUGGAAAACGAUAUGCCAUUACUCUCCAGCUCAUGCUCAAGAGAGCCAAGAAGCGCAAGGCUCCGUCCACCUCUCGAUCCCCGAAUAUUUCCCGGGAGGUGCCGCGCACGAUUCCUAUGGCUGUCGAGCAGCAUUCAGGCAUGCACGAUACAUUCUCUCCUACGUACGACCCCUCGUUCUCCAGUCCUGAAGCGGUGCACCGGACGCAGAUGGGCAUGGUACCCCAGUCUGGAGCGGACGCUGAUACCAUCUGGCGAGGAUUUGAAAUGACUUCGAACGAACAGUUACCCUUCUGGAUCACUGACCACAGUCUGGGCGGAAACACAUUCUCGCAACAAGGAAUGGAUGCUUUCCUGCUACCUCCGGAUUACCGUGCGCCCCAGAUAUGGUGAAUGUCUGACGUAUGUAGUGUGAACCUUGUUGUAAUCCAACUGUAUGAGUUAUACCAAUUGUCAUGUUGUAUCAUACCACCCAACGUUCCCGAGCUUGUUUCGGCCGUGCGUGUGCAUCAGCGAAUGAUGUGAUGGG